AUGGCUGCCUGCUACGGCGGCAUGACCCUGACAGUCAUCGCGUUUAGUUGUGGCCGCGCUCCACUGCAUAGUCUCUACGUGUUGCCGACCCGUGCCCCGAACCUAACGUCUAUGCGCGGCCGGUGGUCAGUUUAUCGAGUCAUUUCCAGGACUCAGCAAGCGGUCACAGGGAGUACAGGAUCAAGAGGUGGGCGCAGGUCACGAUUUACUGGAGAGGUGCAUGCGCAAUCGAACUUACCAUGCUUUCGCUCUUCCACUCGCAAGCAACGAAAGCACGUAUAA